AGAAGAUGUCGUAACAUAAACAAAGUAAAAGAUAAUUUUAUCUGUCGUCGAUUUUUUUUAUGAGAUAAAAUUAAAUGAAAAUGUGUUAUCGAAUCACUCUGGAGAUUUUUAUUUACCAAGAAAUGAUACAGGCCACCUUAUAGUGAUACUAAUAUAUUCGAAAAUAAUACAACGGUCAUAAAAGUAUUUAUUUAAAUCUUUUUUUUCUUCUUUUUAAAAUUUAAAGUAAAGUAAAAGCAUUUAUUAAUUAAUAAUUAAUUUUAAUUUUAACAGUGAACAGACAAAAUGUAGUAAAAAUAAAUCUACUAUUAAUUUAUUGUUUAAGCGCCCUGGCCUUAGGGCUUUGAUUUCAUUAGCCCAUCCAUACAUUAUGCUAUAGUAUAUAUAAUUAUAAUAUUAUUAAUUUUAAUAUUUAAUUAUAUAUAUAUAGUAUAUAGCAGGCAUUACUUUUAAGGCUUUAAGUAAGUAGGCUUGAUUUCCCGUAAGAGACCAUCCAUAAAUCAUGACUUCAUGUGUCUAGGCCUAGGUGGUGGUGGGGGUUCCCUCCCACAAUUUUGUGAGGAGGUGGGGGCGGGGUGGGUGGUGUUUCAAUGUGACUCACAAUAAUAGUGGAAAAAAAUUACACUUAUCAACACUAAAUCACAGACAAUUUUUACAUUAUUCUUUUAUACAAAAACUAUGCUUAUUUUAUUUUUAAACUAUGAUCACUGAGACUGAGAGAAUCGCGACGUCACGAUCACACACUUUCAAUUACCAAGGAAGUCACAUUGUCUUCGUAACAAAGAGGCAAAGAACUAUUCUGCAAUACCAAGGACGUCACGGAGACGUCUUAUUUCAGUGCUAUAUAUUUCUUUAUUCAUUAAUCUAUAGAGAAGUUAAUAAGUGAAUCGGAUAGAGAAUGAAAAAUACCGAAAGUUUCUUGUUUCAAAUUUUUUAUUGCCGUUCAGCGGUAAUAAAAGGGUUAAAAGAAAUCACAAAAAUAUGUUCAUAACAACCUGAAAACUGAAAGCAAUGGUAAUAAACUAGUUGAUUUUUAACGAAUGUAAAAAAUGGAUUUUUUUUUGUAAAAAACAUUUGGCAAUCCUCCGAAGUCCGGUCCCAAAUUAUUUCCAAUGAUUAAUCCUUACUUAAAAGUCUUGGGCAUCAUUCUGUUUUGAAAUUUAUGUUUGCGUUAGUGGACGAUGUUGGAUGGAGGUUGUCGGCCGCCGAGAUGCACAAACACUCGAGCGCAUUAUUACUAAUCAUGUGUUACCAGGGACAACUAUCGUCACGGAUGCUUGGCGAGGAUAUCAAAAUGUCUGUCAGCUCACAACAGACAACGGGAUUUAUGCUCAAGCUGUCAUUGUGCACGCGCAUGAAUUUGUUGAUCCAGUAGACCAGGACAUUCACACAGAAACUAUUGAAGGACAUUGGAUGCAAGCAAAACGUAAACUCCGUUAUCACAGUGGUAGGCCUGCUAGUCACGAUCUGUUUGCCAGCUACUUGGGGGCCUUUCAGGCAACAGUCACCAGCAGAACGUUUUCAGCUGCUAUUUGCAAAUGCUAUGUGCCAAUGACAACAUUUAGUAUUUACUGACUGGUUUGUAAAGUGACAGUUAUUCGCAAAAGCUAUGACUGACAUUUCUGCUGUUUUCUAACAAUACACACUGUGCAUUGCAAUUCUUUUCAUACGAAAUAAUUUGGGACCGGACUUCGGAGGAUUGCCAAAAAUUUAAAAUUACAACAAGUGUAAAAGUAAAAAAAUGCAAAGUAAUAAUAAUCCAUGUAUGUACAUAUCAGGAUGGAAAAUCAUUUAACAGAUACAGCCAAGCAAAAUAACAAAGAUUGUUAUGAAGAAGGUAAAUAUUAAACUAGUUACUUGUAGUUAUGGACUGCACUGCACUUCUAAGAGCCCCAAAUUUAAACAACACUUUAGACUCCAAAAGUCUUAAGUAUUACUUUGUAUUCAUAAAGUAUAAUGAAGCAGUAAACAACAGUGUUCAUGUCAUGGCUGGGUACUUUAACUUAAGCACUUAUAUUUCAUAAAUUUUAUUUGAUUUUAAAACAUAUAUUACUAAUAUUUUUAGUAAUUGACUACUUCAUAGUUACUGACAAAAUAUACCACAUACAUAAAUUAAAUAUAAUAUGUUUUCAACACACUUUUAUCAAAUAUGAACACCUGUUAUUUUCAUAGAAUUUAUUAUUAUAAGACUUGAAAUUCUCAGUUGCAAAUGAAUUAAUUUAAAUUUAAGAUUUGGAAACAAUGCAUCAGUUUACUUUAUUUACUUAACCCUUGGUUUUGUUUUAAUUUUUUUAAAUUAUUAAAUUUUACCUAAGGGGACACACGUGAAGAGGGCCAGAAAUCAAAGGGAGUCUAUUUUUGUCCACCACUGUACACCCAGCGGUAUAUUCUAGCUCUGAAAUUCCUCUCUGAAUAUAGAAUCAAAAGUGUAAGUUUAGAAUAUUUUUUUAAAAAGUAAUAGUGUAUUUUUACAAAUAUUUCUUUGGCAUCCAUCCGUCACAAUGUGACUAUAGUGUAGACUUUGCAGGACAAAAAUCACAAGGCCUGGGAUUAUUCUUUAGGAGGAUAAGCUGGUUCCCAAGACAGCAAAUCACCUCUCUCCACACAUCUGGAUAACCCAAGCGAAAAUCAUGUGUUGAUGAUACAGCUGGCUCCAGUAGCGUUGCAGGAGUUGCCAGAAUGUUCAUUGUGUCAAUGCCAUGCUGCCUAUGGGACUUCAUCUGCGGUUUUGAAUUCAGAAUUUUACUUCUUUUAAAUGAGUUGCCUUCCAAAGUUAAUGAGUCCCAUCUGUCCGGGAUGCUAGUGGUUGUUUUGCUUGCCUAGGCUUUUGCUGGGGAUUGAACUCCAAUCCAUCAGCUUGUAUAUACUGCAUAUUAUUUUGUAGCUUAUAAGAAACCCUUUAUAUUAAAUUUUAAUUAUUUCUGUGCUGUCAAGAUGUUUUAUAUUAUUAAAUGUAAAUUAUUUUUUAUAAAAAUACCUAUUCAGGUAAUUGAUCUUGGCUGUUCAGAAUGCAACUUUAUCAGAUUACUCACGUCUGUCUCCUGCCUUGAAACUAUAGCCAUGGUUGACAUCGACAGAGAUUUGCUUAAAUCAAAGCAAAGAAUGAUUGUUCCAGAGUUACGUCACUACAUAAAUAGGCGUUCAAAACCACUGCAUGUAUCCCUGUUUGUUGGAAAUGCUGAAGUACCUGAUUCAAGACUUGUUGGAUAUGAAGCUGUGGUGAUGAUUGAGCUGUAAGUGCGAUAUCAAAAUUAGACUAACCUGGGUGAAUUUUCGGGCUAUAAAUGUCAUUUCAAAACUAGACCAACUAUGGUGAUGAUGGAGCUGUAAUUGUGAUUUCAAAACUAGACCACCUGUUGUGAUUUUUAAGCUGAAAGUAUGCUUAUAGAUUUAGAGCAGCUUUGUUGAUUUUUUAGCUGUAAAUGUGAUUUCAACACCAGACCAUCCGUAGAGAUUUUUUUAUCUGUAAGUGUGAUUUCAAAACUAAACCAACUGUUGUGAUGCUUGAGCUAAAAGUAUGAUUAAAAAACUAGACCUGCCAUGGUGAUGAUUGUGCUGAAAGUGUGCUAACAAAACUAGACCAACUAUGGUGAAAAUGUUCUUAUUUUAUAAAGAGGGCCAAAGAACCAUAAUUUUCUUUUGCAAUCUGAUUCUUUACAUAUGAUUCUUGGCAAAUGAUUCCAGAAGAGUGUAAUUCAUUGCAAUUAAAAUUAAAAACGUGAACAUUGUUAAGUGUAAUAUAGCGUUUGCACAAGACUGACCUUUAACUUAAGACAUUUGAUGAAAUACCCCAUUGUGUUUGUGUUAAUAAAAAUUACAAAUAUCUCAAGCUACAAUGUUUAUUGAAUUGCAAAUUUCUCAGGUUAUCAUGUUUUUUUAAUUGCAAUUAUUUCAUAUUUUAUUUUAGAUAAUGUGUAUUUUUUUAAUGACAUCAUUUUAAAAAAUACAGAAUUGAACAUCUUUAUCCAGAUGUUCUGAGAAAUGUUACUCACAAUGUGUUCCAUAAUCUCAAACCCAAACUUUGCAUAGUGACAACACCCAACUCUGAGUUUAAUGUUCUAUUCAAGAACUCAGACCCCAAUGGAUUUCGCCAUUGGGACCAUAAAUUUGAAUGGAACAGACAAGAAUUUCAACAAUGGUUAGUGAGUGGGAAAAUAUAUUUUAUUAAGUUAAAAAAUAGUAAUUUUACCUUCAAUUUGCUUACAUGUAACCGGUACAGAAAAUAAAUUUAAAAAAGUACAAUCUAUUUUUACAUUAUUUUGUGUGUGCAAAGUCAUUACAAACUUUAUAGCAGAUUUCCUAAUUCGGUUGCUAUAAUUUUAAGGAAUGAUGAUUUGUUUAGCAAUUAUUUUUCCAGUUGAGUAAGAAAAAUGUGCAGAGUUUUGAGUAAAAAGGAAAUUUACCUCAUUCUCAUGCUUGUCACUCUCAUGGAGAAUAUUAUUUUUAAUAAAAAUGUUUAUCUCACUUUGGGCAAGACCAUAAUAUGUUUGGUCAGUGGUAUUUUUGGAAAGUGAGAAUUUAGUUUUCUUUAUUUAUUAUCAGAUAUCAGCCCAUUUCCUUGAGAGUUGAGUCAUAAAAGAGUCAAAUAUUUCUUCUGUGUUUAAAAUACAUACAUUAUUUCAAUUUAAAAAACAAAAAUAAAUGGUUUACAGGUGUCAAGGUGUUUGUGAAGAGUAUGGUUAUACUGUAGAAUUUACUGGUGUGGGAUUUCUGUCUAAGCAAGACACACACCACUUAGGGCCUUGCUCGCAGGCAGCCAUUUUUCUUCAACAGCAUGAUGAAGAGACUUCUGGGAAACACAUGUCUACCAGUCAUACAGAGCCAUAUGAAUUAGUAAGUAUGUUUGUUAAAUACAUUAUGCAGAGCCAUAUGAAUUAAUAAGAAUGUCAUGUUUAAGAUAAAUUUAUUAUGCAGAGCUGUAUAAAUUAUACAGUAUGUCAUUUUACAGAUAAGUAAAUUUUGAAGAGCCAUAUGAGUUAGUCAGUAGAUAUAUGGUGACCAGAGAAUUAGAUGAGCAUGGUUGUACAUUUGAUUCAUAUAAUAUGUAAUCAAAUUACUCCCUAAUUGAUGCAUGUCUAUUUUACCGUCCUUGAUCUCAUCAUUGAUGCAUGUCCACCUGAGACAUAUGCAUGUUUUGAGUGUGACAGCGUGCACCGAUCAGUAUUUGACAACUCCAUGGGAGUUAUGUCAUUAAAGAAGGGGGAGAAGCAAUACAGUUGUUCCUCUAUAUUAUUGUUUCCACAACUUUUUAAAUUUAUUUAAUAUUUUUAUCAGUAGAAUUUUUUUAAAACUUAUCUGCGUUAGCCUCAGCAAAGCUUUGGAGAUUCUGAAAAAAAUGGAGUGAGAAAAGCUCUAAUGGAUAGUUAAGAUAAACAUCUAUAAUCAUUUCCACAGCUGAAAAUUUUUUUUAGACAAUACUAUUUUUUUCCACAGAUAGCUGACUCAGAUUUCCCUUAUGAAAAAGAUGUAUUGACCCUGGAAGAGAAGAUAGACAUUGAGGUCAAUUACAGCCUCCGGUUUUUUGUGGCGUCUCAGAGAAAUGAUCCAGCUUUUGAAAGUGGUGAGACAAUGGCUGUUGAGGUCUCAAGGAUUGCCAAAUUUCCUAAUGUGAAGUCACUGUGUGAUGAGAAUGGUGUGAGGUAAAAAGCAUUUCAAAUUAUCUUUCCUCACAGAUCCUGCAUACAUCAUCUUGUAGGUUUUUUUAUAGAGGAUAGUAAAUAUAAGUGGAAGUGGUAUAAGAAUUCUAAUGUGUUCAAAUUGAAUCAGAAAACUAAUUAGGUCAAAAUGGUCCAAUUGACAAUCAUGUAUCAUGAUACAUCAGGUUACACAGUUUGUAUCAUUGGGGUUAGUCAUGAAUCAUAAUGGAUAGACAAUCAUGUAUCAUGAUGGAUAGACAGUCUGUACCAUGGUGGUCAAGCAGUCAUGGAUCAAAAAACAAAACAACAUAAUGGGGCUCUACUGAAGUAUCCAUAAGGGAUGGAUAAACAUUCUUAUGGGAUCAUCCCAGGGAUGAGAAUCACUUCUGAAAUGAAAAUCUUGAAAUUUUAAGACUUUGCAAUAAUGUAACUUAUGAAUACUUUUUCUAUUAAGAGAUACAUUUCUUGCUUAUGGAGAAACUUUUUAUUAAUUUUUACAGAGCAAGUCUAAAUCGUUCAUUGCACAAACUUUCGGAUGAUGGCCUUUACAUCUUAGUCACUGAUUUGGCUUCUGAGGAAGGUAGAGAAGAUGAAAUGUCCAAUGAAGGUUCUGAUACUGACACACUGGACAGAAUUGAUGAAUGUGGAGAUAAUGCAGCAUAUUCAAAUGAGAGGAGGGAAAUAAAUAAUUCACCCGUACAAAAUGGUUAUUUACCCGUUGAAGAUUGGGAUUUAGAAUGCUCUCAAGUUUGAUGAUUACGUUUAAAAAAAAUUAUUUUAAGAGAGGACAGAUUUUUGAAUUUCUCAUAUUGUUUUACAAGUUUGUUUCAUCUCAUUCUUGUCAUGGCAUUUAACCAAAUUUCAAAUUUGUUAUUUACAGAUUGUUGUUUUAAAUAUGUGAUGGCAUGCAAUGAAACUUGGUAUUUCUAUUUACCGGUAUGUGAGAUGAUAUACCUUGAGACAGAAUUUGAAAUGUUUGUAAGUUUAUCCUUGAAUUUGUUAAACAAUUUUUGCUGAAUUGUUUUUAAGUAGGUAGACUAAACCGGAGAAACUUUGCUUUUUAAGGUCAUUUUUUCAUAGUUUAAAAAAAAAAAAUGAACCCACUUCUGGUAGUGUUAAACAAAUAAAAUUUAAAUGUGAACAAAGUUUAAA